AGCCGACUCAGUCUCGAUCUGGUCGUGUUUCUAGAGUGGUAAUAAAUAGUAGACAAAACAUGCGGCUAAUCCAAGCAGGCCUCCUGGCGGUGGUCCUGGUGGCCUUUCUGGUUCACGGCAGCCACGGCCAGACGACCCCCAAAGUGCUGUGCUACUACGAUGGUGCUAAUUUCCUGAUUGAAGGUCUGGCCAAAGUAUCGCUAACCGACAUCGAAGCCGCACUCCCGUUCUGCACCCAUCUGGUGUACGGCUAUGCCGCCAUCGAUCCCACCUCGAACAAGGCCGUCUCGAAGAACCCCACGCUGGACCUGGACACCGGCAAGAGCAACUACCGGCUGGUGACGCAGCUUAAGCGCAAGUUCCCCGCACUCAAGGUCCUGCUGGGCGUUGGCGGCUACCGCUUUUCUGCCCCAUCUCCCAAGUACUUGGAACUACUGGAAUCGGGCGCGGCUCGGAUCACGUUCAUCAACAGCGUGUACGCGAUCGUCAAGGCGUACGAGUUUGACGGAAUCGAUCUAGCGUGGCAGUUCCCGCAAAACAAGCCAAAGAAGAUCCGCGGAACUACGAGCAAGUUGUGGCAUGGAUUCAAGAAGGUCUUCAGCGGAGACAGCGUAUUGGACGAGAAGGCCGAUGAGCACAAGGAGGAGUUUACUGCGCUGCUGCGUGAGUUGAAGAACGCCUUCCGUGCUGACGGAUACCAGCUGGGAAUCACCGUGCUGCCCCACGUGAACGCCACCAUGUUCAUGGACAUCCCCGCCAUCAUCAACUAUCUGGACUUUGUCAACAUUGAAGCGGUCGACAUGCAGACUCCGGAACGUAACCCGAAGGAGGCCGACUACGUCGCUCCACUGUACGAGCUGACGGAUCGUGUGCCCGGAAACAACGUCGACGGACUGGUCAAGGUUUGGCUGGGUGCCAACACGCCUCCCUCUAAGAUCGUCGUUACGAUUCCCACCCAUGGUCGUGGUUGGAAGAUGAACGCCGAUUCCGGAAUCACCGGAGUCCCCCCAUUUACCGCUGACGGAACCGGUCCGGCAGGUCCCCAGCUCCAGCAGGAAGGUUACUACACCUGGGGAGAAACCUGUGCCAUGCUGCCCAACCCAAGCAACACGGCCCUCAAGGGAGCUCAGGCUCCGCUGCGCAAGGUCGGUGAUCCCACCAAGCGGUUCGGACCGUACGCGUUCCGGCUGCCGGACGCCGAUGGAGAGAACGGACUGUGGGUUUCGUACGAGGAUCCGGACUCCGCAGGGAACAAGGCUGCGUACGUGAAGGCUAAGGGACUGGGAGGAAUCGGCAUUAACGAUUUGUCGUACGAUGAUUUCCGUGGAACUUGUGCUGGGGAGAAGUUCCCGAUUCUGCGGGCUGCCAAGUAUCGGCUGUGAGGGAGUUUGAGUUUUGUUGUGUAAUGGAAAAAUAAUAAAAAGCAUGUUGAAUAAUUGA